UUUGGCUCGAGUUUGUACCCGCUUAGUUCUGAUUUUGCUGUUUUGACCUUCUCAUGGCGUGCCUCUGGAUCGGUGGUUCAUCCAGCCUCGCUAGGACAUACUUCGAAGAGUUGAAGCCUCCGCGUCACGCCUUCAUCGUCGCUGGGCCGGACCAGCUUCCCCCGGAACACCCUGCUGCUGUUUACCCUUUCGCCGAGUGCGAUUUGAGCUCAUAUUCGAGUGUGGCCACUCUUUUCUCGAGGCUGGCCGUUAUGAAGCUGACAAAUAUCCACAGCGUUGUCAUCGGAGUUCGCUUGUCACUGCUGUCAAUGGGCCACGAGAGACUUGGCGUGCAUUUCGACAAGUUGGUCUCAGAGGCCGCCAGAGCUGGGGUCCAGUAUAUCCUCCACAUAUCCUCGGUAGCGGUCGCAGACCAUCUCCAAGCCCAGCACCUCGUUCGCGAGGACGUGCUGUUCUCGUCGCUUGACACUUACCACGGGGACUACGACCGAUUCAAGCGCCGAUCGGAGGAGGUGAUUGCGGAGGCUUGCGACGGCGCAGGCCUACGUCACACCCAUCUUCGCUUGAGCGCCAUUUUUAGCAACGGACCCGAGUGCAUCCAAUGUGGCGCCAUGGCUUGGCAAAAAUACGUCGGUUGUUUCAAUCCACACGGUUUGGAUUGCAAUUCCGCUUUGAACGUGGCGCAUGCCAUCUCGUUGCUUCUUGAGGUGGAAGACGCCGAUAGUGACAGAAAUCGCGCUAAUAUAUACUACUACACCCGGCCCUCCGUAAAGCCACUCCCGUAUGGAAGCUACGUGGUUGACUAUAGAAUGGCCCACGGCGUUGCUGGCGCGUGGCUGCCGUUUUCUGUGCUAGCGUUGCUCAUUCGACUGUACCAUGUGUGCGUGAGUGUCUUACCAUUCUGGGAUAUCUUUUCCUUUCUGCAUGCGGUGGACUACCUAUUGCAGGUUUCUUCGCGAGAACACACAUUUGACAAUUCGUUGUUCAGAACACACUUCCCAGAAAUCAAGGAACGUGAAGAAACUAUCCUACAGGCAUUCCGGCGCAUUGCUCUGCGGAGUCGUAAGAUCGAGUGAGAGGUUGCAGCAUACAGCGCAUCGUAAUGACAUCAAUUCCAGAGUAGCAGAAUUCGCAAGUCGAUCAUUCCCGCGCAGCAUGUAGACAGAGCUUGCUGCAGAGUGCUUCGGAGCUUUCUUACACCCGAAUCCAGAGCGUAAACACAGAGGCCACCAAGUCCUCUUUCUCUCGUCGUCCGCUCUUCCUGGCUCUUCCUCCUUGUUUCAACCUCGCUUCCUCUUCUUUCCUCUCUUACUCUUCCAUCCCCUCCUCACUGAUGCUGUCUCCAUUCUAUUAUACUUACCUGAUCAGUAGGUGCUGCUGCGGCUGUCGCAGAUAGUUGUUGUUUCCUGUUGUUGUUUUUACUUCCAGUGGGUAGCGUAGCGUAUCAAGUUGAACUGCUUUGUAGAGGUCCAGUACCACCCAAAUAAGGC